CAUGCAUACGUGGCUGCGUGUGUGCAUCAGUUCACAAACAAACAUAGUUUCAGUUAGUGAAGUAGGUGUCAGGGAGUCAUGGCGAUCUUUAAACACUUGUUUCUUGUUUUGUCUCUGGUGCCUCUGGUACUGAGCUACCCUUUCUUCCCCCCCACAUGCUACAGCAAGGUGCUGAGCAUGGCGCGAGAUCUCACCCAGAUGGCUGCAGAUCUGAAGAGGGGCCAUGAAACUAGUUACUGCAUGGCACACAUGCCAGAUCUCUACCUUGAUGUCCAUAAUGCCUGUGUGAUGCACAAAAUGAGGACCUACAUCUCCCUGGUGGAAGGCCUGCGAGACCGCCGCUGCGCUUACACCAGAGAAGUGAUGAAGCUGGGGUACACUCUCAGACAGCUCUUCAUCUUCAUGUCGGAGAAAUGUCACGGGGACUUGGUGUUCACAAUCUAUGACUGUGCUGUGCUGGAGCGCUACCCUGGAUACUGAGAUAUCAAUAUUACUGUCUGUCAGCUAUACAGUCCUUCCUUAAGCAUGUGCAAUGACUAAAAUACGC